AUGAAGCAUGCAAGGUGGCGUGUGGUACUCCUAAUUUUACUAGCAAGAAUCCAUGUACUAGCAACAGCAGAAAAUGGUAGAACGUGCGUGAGGUUGAAUUGUCCAGAUGAUAACACUUGCUUGAAGCAAAAGAUACAAAACGUUUGGCAGAAGUGCAAAAAUGUAACAGACGGCUUGACCGAAAACUUGAGCGAUCUCACAAUAGGUGCUGCUGAUCUCAGAAAAAUUGUAUCGGAACAAGGAAUUGUACUUACAGAACAAAGAAAAACAAUCGCUCAGAGCAAAAAUGUAACCGAUGAUCUCCAGAAAGCUAUUGCAGAUCAAGGAAACACAAUUGCGGAUCAAAGAAAGGCACUUACAGAACAAGGGAACAGAAUUGCCGAACAAAGAAAUAUAACCACGCAGUGCAAAAGCAUAACUGAGGAUCUUCAGAGAACUAUUGCAGAACAAGGAAACACAAUUGCGGAUCAAAGAAAAAUAAUCACGAAGUACAAGAACAUAACUGAUGAUCUUCGGAAAAAUAUUGCAGAGCAAGGAAACAAUAUUACCCAUCUGAUCACGACAACAGCUAGACAAGAAGAGAUAAGUCGGAAUCUCACAAUUAAAAUUCAAGACUUGGAGGCGUCCAUCAAUGGACUUUACCAAUAUCGUCAACAGAAUCGCCCAAAUAGAGGACCAUCUGCGUGGUAUUUUUAUGGAAACAAUAUAACAGAAAGAGAAACAUAUUUAGAGAGUGCAGCUAGAAAGGCAUGGGUAGAUUCUGAAACUGAUUUACCACGAGGGACAUUAACAGGCUUUGUAGUAUAUUUAGAACCUGACGUUACUAGAGAUACAAGAGCAAGACUCCAAAUAUGGCGGGCGAUACCUCCAAGUGAUGAACGAUUUUUAUUAGUCUGGGAAAAAGAAGUGACAUUUUUGAGAAGUAAAACCGGAUUGGUGGAAAUUUACCUUUUACCACCAGAAAGAUUUCGUACGAUAAGUGGAGACAAAAUAGGAUGGACUUAUGAAGGAGAUGUUGGUCCUAUUAGUUUAUCCUAUGGACAGAACCAUUUGACAUACUUCUUACCAUUGGACAACAGUCCUAACCCACAAAUAGGACGCGAAUAUGAGUUUGUUUCUCUUCCUUUGGAAUCCAUAUUUUCAAUAGGAGUACUGAUCGAUACAAAUAUUGAAGGAGCAACUGGAGCUACAGGACCGAGUGGGCCAAUUGGAGCUACAGGACCUAGUGGACCUGUUGGAGCUACAGGACCGAGUGGGGCAACUGGAGCCACAGGACCAGAAGGAACAGCUGGAGGUUCAAGCGGACGUCCUUCUGCAUGGUACUUUUAUGGAAACAAUGUAACAGACGGAGAAACAUUUUUAGAAAGUGGAGCUAGAAAGGCAUGGGUAGAUUCUGAAACUGAUUUACCACGAGGGACAUUAACAGGCUUUGUAGUAUAUUUAGAACCUGGGGCCACUAGAGAUACUAGAGCACGACUUCAAAUAUGGCGGGCGAUACCUCCGAGUGAUGAACGAUUUUUAUUAGUCUGGGAAAAAGAAGUGACAUUUUUGAGAAGUAAAACCGGAUUGGUGGAAGUUUACCUCUCAAUAUCAGAACGAUUUCGUACCACUAGUGGAGAUAAAAUAGGAUGGACUUAUGAAGGAGAUAUUGGCCCUAUUAGUCUAUCCUUUGCACAGAACCAUUUGACAUAUUUCUUACCAUUGGAUAACAGUCCCAACCCAACAGUAGGUCGCGAGUAUGAGUUCGAAAUGCUUCCCCUGGAGAGCAUAUUUUCAAUAGGAGUAUUGAUCGAUACAUCCAAUGAAGGAGCAAUCGGUCCUACUGGAGCGACGGGACCAGGUGGCCCCAUUGGAGCUACAGGACCAAUUGGAUCCGUUGGUGCUACAGGGGCAAGCGGACUCGUUGGAGCUACUGGGCCGUACGGAUCCACUGGAGCUACAGGACCGAGUGGUCCCACUGGAGCCACAGGACCAAGUGGACCUGUUGGAGCUACAGGACCAGAAGGGCCAACUGGAAGUGUAGGACCAAGUGGACAAGAUCGGACAACAGAUAUAACAGGGAACUGGACCGGCUAUUUCAUCUGUGACGGGGUGGGGUACAAUACAACGAUGGAAUUAAAGACAAUGGCGUCUUCUGUCGCACAGUGGCAUUUUGUUUCUGGCAACCUAAGUUUCUCAAACUCGUCACAUGGGAUAAGGGGCAUUCAUGAAAUAUCAGGUGUGUUUUAUAGAGGGACCAAGAAAUGCAUUUUGUAUGGUCCCAGAUGGAUUGAAAAACCGGAUGGCUGGUCUUCGAUGUUUCAGUUCCAAAGUUGUUUCUACAGAGAGGACUCUCGCACGAUUGAAGUUCAGUUCAACAGGAAUGCUGUUUGUACAACACCACCAAUAACAAUGAACAAACGUAUAUAGUAUCCAAAACCUAGCAAAAUGAUUGGCUGGGAGGCGUCAGCUAAGGACAGAAAACACGUAAAAACAUACGUUCCACGGAGUGAACUUACUGGUCCUAUAAUAUAUGAUAGGUUAUAUGUGACGUAAUAUGUUCCACUAGUGAACUUAGUAUCACUACGUUCAUACGUUUCAUAUAGCCUAGGUUGUGGCUAUACACCAAUAAUUAGAAUACUUUGGACAAAAUAUGUAAUCAUACUUUAUACAAAUGGAUCAUUAUUCCAUUAUUUUCAACAGAUAUACUAUCAUGUCAUUCCAAAAUGACAGGGAAAUAGGAGGGGAGGGGAGCGAAAGCACAAAGAGGUUGAACACUCUUUAUAUAAAUU